UUAAUGGCCUACAUUCAUUCAACAUUGUUUCUUAUAAUCUGGUCCACUUGAGUUUGAGAUAUACUCAUUUUUAGUCUUUAUAACAAAAUGAUCUAUAAAAAUAUAUGGACGAUAUGGAUGAAACACAUACAUCAUGGUGGGGCCUACAGAACACCGUCCAUCAGCCAUUGGCUGAUGGCAGGGGAAUAGCCAAUCUGUUUCGGCUUUAUUAGCUCGUGGAGAUCGAGAGGAGAGAAACAGCAGAGAGAUGUCGAACCACAGCGGCGCACAUAUUCUGGUAUUCCCUUUCCCUGCGCAGGGGCACAUGAUACCCCUCCUCGACCUAACCUAUCAUCUAUCCGUCCGUGGCCUGUCCAUCACAAUCCUCGUCACUCCCAAGAAUCUCCCCAUCCUCAAUCCACUCCUCUCCAAAUGCCCCUCCAUCCAAACUUUAGUCCUCCAUUUCCCAAAAUACCCCUCCUUCCCGUCCGGCGUAGAGAACGCCAAGGAUCUUCCCCACAAAAACGCCCUCCUUACUAUGAUACACGCCCUGGGUGAACUCUACCAUCCUAUCCUCCACUGGUUCCAAUCCCACCCUUCCCCUCCCACAGCCAUCAUCUCGGAUUUGUUUCUUGGGUGGACCCACCGCCUCGCCUGCCAGCUCGGAAUCCCACGUGUCGUCUUCUCGCCGUCUGGGGCCCAUGCACUCGCAGUCGUUAAUACCCUCUGGCGUACCAUACCCAAGUUGGAAGACCCCGCUGACGUGGACUCCCUUCUCUCGUUCCCUCACAUUCCUAAUUCCCGGAAAUACCCCUGGAAACAGCUGUCAAUGGUGUAUAAGAGUUACAAGGAGGGAGACCCAGUUUCGGAAUUUAUAAAAGAAGGGAUGCGUGCGAAUCUGGUGAGUUGGGGAAUUGUUAUCAACUCGUUCAGUGAGUUGGAUGGCGAGUAUCUGGAACACUUGCGGGGGGAUCUGGGACACUCGCGCGUGUGGGCGGUGGGGCCCUUGCUUCCUUCUGGCGAGGUGGGCCCCACGGAACGUGGCGGGGAGAGCUCGGUGCCAGCUGGCGAGGUGAUGAGCUGGCUUGACCAGUGUACGGACGGAUCGGUGAUUUAUGUGUGUUUCGGCAGCCAGGAGAUCCUAAAUCAGCGGCAGAUGGAUGUGCUGGCGGACGGUCUGGAUGCGAGUGGGGCCCGGUUCGUGUGGUCCGUCAAGGAGCCCACGGCGGGGGAGUACGGAGUGGUCCCCGCCGGUUUUGAGGGACGCGUGGCGGGGCGGGGGCUGGUUAUCAGGGGGUGGGCCCCACAGGUGGCUAUACUGGGUCACCGGUCGAUCGGGUCGUCUCUUACUCACUGCGGGUGGAACUCGGUGCUGGAGGCGAUCGUUGCGGGCGUGCCGAUGCUGGCGUGGGCCAUGGGCGCGGACCAGUUCUUCAAUGCGGGAAUGGUCGUGGACCAAUUGGGCAUCGCGGUUAGGGUCUGUGAGGGUGCCGACUCAGUCCCUGACUCGGACGAGUUGGCUCGGGCUAUGACUGAGUCAGUGAGUUGGAGCUGGCCGCAGAGGGCCCGAGCCAAGGAGCUGAGUCGGGCAGCUGUGGGUGCUGUAAGAGAAGGUGGGAGUUCUCGUAAGGUCUUGGAUGAGUUCGUGACAGAGCUGCGCGGACUCAGUGUCAGGUCCUGAGAAGAUGACUUAGUCCGGACACGGAUUCGGUGCUGUUGGUAACACCAUCCCCAGCGGUGGUGUGUCAACGUGAUGGUCGCAUGUAUGUAUUUUAUAUCCACACCGUCCAUCCAUUUCCCCCCUGCAUUUUAGGCCGUGGCGAAAAAAUGAAGUAGACAUGAAGCUCAAGUGGACCACAUCACAGUAAAUAGUGAUGAUUAAACGACCACUGUUAAAAAUUUCUUCGGGGCCACGAAAAGUGUGGAUUAGUAUGAUAUUUAUGUUUUCCUGUCAUCCAUAUCUCAGUGACCUUGUCAUCAGUUUGGAUGAAAAAUAAAUAUUACAGUGGAAAAGUUUUCAACGGUGAGUGUGUCAUUAUCCCUAUUGUUUCUUAUAAUGUGAUCCACUUGAUCUUUAGAUUUGUUUCAUUUUUGGGCUGAUGGCCUAAAAUGAGCUGGAAAAAUUGAUGGAUGGUGUGGAUAUAAAACGCAUAUAUCACAUUGGGCCAGGAUGCCCAAGACACCACUGCUGAGAUGGUGUUGGCAACACCACCUAAUUGGCGUCCAAAGCUUGCAUGGUUGUAGUGGACGCGGAUUGCAUUGUGUGGCACCCCCAACCUUAGGCGUGCGCUGACAUGGCAAAGUUCUAUGGCUAUAUUAUGAUAUAUGUGUUAUAUCCAUAUUGCCUGUCCAUUUUAUAAGAUCAUUUUACGACAGGAGCCAAAAAUUAAAAAGCAGAUCCAUGGCUUAAAUGGAUCACACCGAUAAAAGCAUUGGGGAUUGAACACCUACCAUUGAAAAAGUAAUGGGCGAUAAAAAUUUUAGAUUAAGCUGAUGUUUGUCCUUUCCCUUCA